AUGAGUCAGUGUUUAGUCUCAGUGCUUCAGAACAGCGAAGAGAUCUACACCUGCAACUUGCCGAUUUGUCACCAGUCGCGGCGCGAACGCCUGGCGCUCGAGGAGGAGGUGCGCAUUCGCGACCUGCCAGAUCUCACGGAGCUUACGUUACCGAGGAAGCCCAAGAAGAUCAAGGAGAGUUCCACUGAACCCCACUUGAAGCAACUUCCCUGGCUCGGUGCUGAGCUGUCAGCGACGCCCACUGAGCUGCCGAUGCUGGUGCACUGGGCGGACGGCCGCAGCUACCGCGGGGGGUGGCACCCGAACGGGUGGCCGGAAGGCCAUGGAGAACUUCAGGUGCCCGGCCCUGAAGGCGGCCAUUGGCGAGGGAAUUGGGAUGGACAGUUGCAUGGCGAAGGCGAGUUCAUGUCCAACUCGGGCGCCCGCUAUGUGGGUCAGUGGUUCGAAGGCCAGAAACAUGGACAAGGCACUGAGACCUGGCCCAAUGGCAUGAGCUUCCGUGGCCAAUUUCACCACGGUGCACGGUCCACGGGCACCUUGCGCAUGCCUAGCGGAGCUGUACGGCGGAUCGUCUUCCGCCUGGUUCGCUUGGGCCACUUCGAGGAGGCCUUUUCGGGAGGCAUUGUCUGGCUCACACUCCGGGACUGGGACGACCUCUGGAAGAAAUCGGGGAUGCCAAUGCCAGACAGGCGCAUCCAGUUUGCUUCAGCGGUGGGGGUGUGCGACAGAACGGGCACUCCUUAUUCCAACGAUGGUUCCCCCAGCGUUUGGGAGCGCUUCUUUACGACCAGUCGGCCCAAAGGCGACUGGACGGGGCCCGACUACGGCAGCAAUCCCUGCGGACUCCCCCGGCGCAGCCGGCCCAGCGAUGCGGAGCAGCUGCGAGGCAGCGAGAGCGUCCGCCGCGCGCUCUCGGAGAGUCCGGCGCCGCUGAGCUGCCGGGAGAGCGCGCUGGAGUCAGCACGGAGGCGCUCGAAAACACCUUUAGCCGGCUAUGGCGAACGCAGCCCACCUUGCAGUGCUCGAGGUGAACCCAUCGAAGCCGGCGACCUGCCGCGACGGCGCCUCUCCGACUUGGCCACCGCCAUGCAAAGCGGCUCUGGCGUGCGUGAAGCUCUAAGCCCCCCAGCUCCGGUGCGACGGCUCUUUAGCCGAGGCGCCCCAACACGCCGCAGUCGCACUGCUGACCCGGUGCUCUUCGACACCGUGCUGUCCGGGUAUGGGGAACGUUCAGUGGCACCAAGACGACAGCUACAGGUCCACGAUGAGGGCGUCCAGAUCCGCGACCAGGGUCGCGCCAGUGGGGGAAUCCCUUGGCGGCGGCUGCCCAUCUACGAUCACAACGGCUCGCUGGUGAAAACGGGCGUGGCCGGCAGUAGCUUCGAAACGGAGAACCCGUUGCGCUCGGUGACGCCCUACUCGGUACGCCUGCGCAGCGGUGAUCACAUCAAGGAGUUGAUCUCCCCAGAGAAGCCCUCCGAUCGGUCCUCGGCGCUGACGCCCGCCACGCCGUCGCCGGCCGCGCGAGAGAGCACGCCAUCUGCUGGAGGUCGCCUCACCGGGCGAGCGAUGCAGGUGGCGCUGGUGCGGGCGCAGCGCUGCAACGAUCAGCAGCUGGAGACCGAGAGGUCGCGGUGCUUGGCGAAGUUCGAAAGGCUCUGCACGCCCACGCGGAGUGCGGCACCGGAUGAGGCGGCCUGGGGCCGCGACAAGCGCGAAGCACAUGAGACAUUCCGACCCCGCCGCCGCGUCGCCGCGCAGCACACGCAGCCCUUCGCCACCGACGACACGACGCCACCAGCGGCGCCCGCGCGGCGCGUGGUGCCGCCACAAGCGCUGCCUUCAGCGCUGUUCUUAUCGGAUGGACCGGAACCGUUGCGCUUCUCCGAGCGGCAUUUGGCCGCACGGCGCACCUGGCAGCUGGAGAUGGAGAUGGCGAAGAUCGCCUUCACCGCUGGCCGUGUGGCUGCGAGCAUGAUGUCCACUUCAGACGCCGCCACCCCUCGCGCGCGCUCUACCGGUGCCUUGACACCCACCGUGACGCCCGGCAAAGCGCACACGCUGCCUACGCGCACGGCGUCCCGGCCUGCGCGGGCCACUGGCCAGGCGGAACCGGCAGCUUCUUCUAUCAUGAUCCAGCCUCCGACGAUUGUGGUGACACCGGUCGAGGAACCCACGGUCUCGACGAUAGCUCCAAAGACACCUCCUCGUGUUCUGGAGGAGAAGACCUCACCGCAAUACACGCCACCAGCGGCUGCGCCGGCGCCGCCUGCGGAGCAAGUGAUUGAGAUGAUUGACCACGUGAUGUCGAAGGAGCUCCCGGUGUUCAGCAAGGUGCUACCAGAGCCAGACUUGGUGGAACGAGCACCCAAGGCCGCGCCCGAGCCGGAGCCGGAGCUCUCGGCAUCGCCCAGCGCGGCGCCAUACCCACGGCUGUUGAGUUCGGCCAAAGAGCGCUCGACCUCGACGCCCACGAAGCAAACGCAGGCCAAACCUGUGCGACAGGCCAAGCAAGGCCUUGCCAAGGGCCGAGACCUCCUUGAGGGACGGCGAGCCCUUGGGUGUUAG